AUGCAAUCCCCUGCAUCUGAGUCGUCAUUCUCUGUGCCCCAGAAUAUCAUCACGCGCUCUGGGCAGGGAUCCGACCUGCUCGUGAGAACUGUACACGAACACUUCCUCACCUCCGGUCACAUCAAGGACCUCGUUUCGACCAUCUCUCCCACUCGUGAUGGAUUGCCCGAUGCGCUUGGAGUAGCGCCCGUCUUCGUUCAUCCCCCAUCACAGCAGCUGUCUAAAUAUGCGCCACGAGAUCUUCAUCGUGGCGCCGAGCGUAAACUGCAUGCACUCGUCUUUGCCACGUCGACUACGGCUCUCGUCAUCUUCCUGGAUCCAAGUCUGAAAGGUUCUGAUACCACCGGGCGCGUCAACCUGAAGGGAAAGAAAGGAAAAGACAAGACUCGAGGUCGCGUUCUUCUCAGGAACUUGCUUCUCAGCCAGGACACGCCUCCCAUAGAGCGCAAAUUUGCUAUAGAUGCAGACGCUCUGACCGGUUCUGUCUACGCUAACCUGGGCUUGCGCGUCGCGCACCUUGCAGAUGUAUCGUCUGUUUCAGCGGCACCGUCUCAAUCGCACGGACGCGAUAUAUUCUCGCGUGUCUUAGCACAUUUACGAGCCAACAUGGCCAAUCAAGAUGUCGACCCCAAAGCCCUGCAAAGCGCCCUCACCAACGAGACGCAAGUGCAACAGCUCACUAUGGACCACCCGGUGAUAAGACGAGCCGUCCUGCAAGCAUGGCUCGCUCGUGCGAUUGCCGUGCGUGCUGGGCAAACAGAAGCUCUCGGUCAUGUUCGGGUGGUAGACAAUACUGCCACAUCUGAAAAGGAGCUUGAUGCUCUGUCCCGGAUCUUCCACGAAGGACAGCAGGACGGGAGUGGCGCCGCCGCCGGCUCUUUGCGCAUGAAGAUCAUUUCCAAUGCUCUUGUCGAUCCAUCCUCGCUGUAUAGCAUCGUCUUAUUCCGCGCCAUCUUCUCCCCUGAUGCGCCUGUCCACAUCAAGACUGACGACUUUUGGAGGGCGGCACCUGCAUUGCCACCCUCGGCCAUUGUUGAGAACGUUUCGAAUGUCGAUGAUGCUCAAACAAACAUUGUACGACGCGCGCUGGACGAGAACGACACAAACCGCAUUCUAUUAGUUCACGGGUCUGCAGGGACCGGAAAGACGACAACAAUUGCGGCGUUGUGUGCUGCGGCGGCAGCUACGCGGUCGAUAUGGGUACUCACCCCGUCAGAUGUCGUCGCCUGGGCAGCCGCGUCCAGACUGCUGUCGAGUGGAUUCCGUGGCUUCCGACUACUGUCCGGAGGCAAUGCCAGAUAUGAAGCACUGUAUCCUGGACUUAAGCCAUACAGGCUAACCGCGGACGAGUGUUCGACCAGUUCGGAUGUAGAGCUCUUGACAUCGGACGGAGUGCGAGUGAUCAUCUGUGCUCUAGCGAGUGUGACGGAUAGGCAGCUGCGUCAACUGAAGAAAGCGUUGCCCGUACAGACGGUCGUCGUUGAUGGUGCAGACCAGAUCGACCUCAACGACUACAUUCCUCUCAUUCACGGUCAUUCGUCGACAUUGGCGCGGCUCGUAUUCGUCGGCGACAUGGAACAACAACCGUCCCGCGACGCACCAUCAGUCCGGAGCAUAUUCGAUGUUGCUCAUUUUCAGGAAGUCCUGAAGUUGGAUGUCCAAUAUCGCAUGCCUCACACCAUCUCCGAUUUUCUUUCGCGCCAUGGGUACAACGAUAGCAUUGUACAUUCACCACACAAUACGUCGGAGCCAUGGCUUGUCUGCCGGUUUGUCGACGUUCCACCGAAGGCCGCAACUGCGAACAGCAAGAAAAAGUCUCGCUCUGGUGAUACAGAAGCGCCUCGUCGGCUCCCACACGACGAGGAAGCAGUCAUUAUAGCGGCUGAACGAUACUCCAGGGAAGGCUUAAACUUCAGAAUCGUCGCAGACAGCGAGCGCACCCGCGAUAUUCUCGCGGAGAAGCUGAAGGAAGCGGGGUUGAGUCCCUUCCUCUGCGUCACUAUGCAAGACCUGAAUGGUGGAGAAGCGGAUCAUAUCAUUGUCUUCCUGGGCAGCGAUGCAGGGACGACCAUCAACAGUAUAUCGAAGCCAAGAAGAGGGCCACCACGCUACCUGCGCGACUCGCAAAGGAUUGUGGGCCAAAAGCAUGGAUUACGCGACCGAACUUCGUGCAGCAGACAUGGCCGCUUGUGCAAGUCUGAGCAGUGGCAUAUGCAUAUGGCGUGCUUGAGGAGAAGCUUGAUUUAG